CUUUUGCAGGUGCUGUUCUUUGGAUUUGGGUGGCUGUUCUUCAUGCGCAAGCUCUUCAAGGAUUAUGAGGUGCGACAGUAUGUGGUCCAGGUGAUCUUUUCUGUUACGUUUGCCUUCUCUUGUACCAUGUUUGAACUCAUCAUCUUUGAGAUUCUGGGGGUGCUGAACAGCAGCUCUCGAUAUUUUCACUGGAAGCUGAACCUGUGUGUCAUUUUGCUGAUCCUAGUCUUCAUGGUACCCUUCUACAUUGGUUACUUUGUUGUGAGCAAUAUCAGAUUAUUACACAGACAGAAACUGCUUUUUGCAUGUGUUCUGUGGUUGACAUUCAUGUAUUUCUUCUGGAAGCUGGGGGAUCCAUUUCCUAUCCUCAGCCCAAAGCAUGGAAUUCUGUCUAUAGAACAGCUCAUCAGCCGCGUGGGUGUGAUUGGGGUGACACUCAUGGCUUUGCUGUCAGGAUUUGGGGCUGUCAACUGUCCAUACACUUACAUGUCCUAUUUUCUCAGGAAUGUGACAGAUGCAGAUAUUCUAGCUUUGGAGCGACGACUCCUUCAGACUAUGGACAUGAUUGUUAGCAAGAAAAAAAGGAUAGCAGUGGCUCAUAGAACAAUGUUCCAGAGAGGAGAAGUGCAUAACAAACCCACUGGCUUCUGGGGAAUGAUAAAAAGUGUUACAACAUCUGCUGCAGGCAGUGAAAGUAUCCUUCAUCUGCAUGUUGGCACCUACCUCAGGCGAUGGGUCCAGCUUUCUUCUGUUUUGAAAGAAAGCAUGUUGGAGAGAAUAGAGUACUCAAAAACUUUCCAGGGAAAAUACUUUAAUUUUUUGGGUUAUUUUUUCUCCAUAUAUUGUGUCUGGAAAAUCUUCAUGGCAACCAUCAAUAUUGUAUUUGACCGUGUGGGGAAGACUGAUCCAGUCACAAGAGGAAUUGAGAUCACUGUAAACUAUCUGGGAAUCCAGUUUGAUGUAAAAUUCUGGUCCCAGCACAUUUCCUUUAUUCUUGUUGGAAUAAUCAUUGUUACCUCUAUCAGAGGAUUGUUAAUCACACUUACAAAGUUCUUCUAUGCCAUUUCCAGCAGCAAGUCCUCCAAUGUUAUUGUUCUGCUUUUAGCACAGAUAAUGGGUAUGUACUUUGUGUCAUCAGUGCUCCUGAUCCGGAUGAGUAUGCCUCUAGAGUAUCGCACUAUUAUUACAGAAGUCCUGGGAGAGCUCCAGUUCAACUUUUAUCAUCGUUGGUUUGAUGUGAUAUUCCUAGUUAGUGCACUGUCCAGUAUCCUCUUUCUCUAUUUAGCACACAAACAAGCCCCAGAAAAGCACAUGGCCCUCUAACUAAGGACUGCAGUCACACACUGCUCUCAGCCCUUUCAGCUGCACUGCUGCAACUCCUGUGGACUGCAAAGCUUGAAGAAGGCCAGGACUAUCCUGUUUUCCAGCAGCGUGACUGACUCUUAGAACUUCUACAUAUCAACAUCAAGCUCUGUGGCUCAUUUUGUUAAGGUGCCACAGCUUGAAGGAAAGGGAAUACAUGUAUU